CUGUGGACAAAAACAUUCAUUUGACGUUUGUGGACAAAACCAGACAAAACAAAACACAAAAAUAUUUGUAGGACGAUGAAAUAACUUGCUUUUAUGUUUUAACUUUUUUGUUUUGAUUUUUGCUGCCGUUUCGUUUCCUGGAAUUUUCGUAAAGUAGCUAACAGAUAUGGGGCUGGACUGAACAGUGGUUUCGUGGUUUCUAUUCCCGCCCAUUGGACUGGUGUACCCACUCUCAACACAGUCUACAAGUUUUAAAGUUGACCAGUAAUUCUAUCAAGAUCAAGAAGAAUAUGGAGUGUGAUGAUGAUAUUGUUAUAUUAAUAGUUGAUGAUAUUAAUAUGACAUUACAUACAAAAGUUGAUAAUGAUAUUGAUACAUCAUUACAAACAAAAGUUGAUAAUGAUAAUGAUACAUUAUUACACACAAAAGAAGAACCAGCAGGUGAUGACAUAUUGUAUCAGAAUCCAGGAAACUUAAAUUCUGAAAUUGAGACUUCUGUCAAGGUGGAGGCAGUAGAUGAAGAAACCAUUACUGAUCAAGAAAACUUCUAUGUAGAUAAUGCCAAUGAUACAGUUUAUUUACCAGAACAUGAAGACCAUGAAAAAAAUGAGGUACAAGAAGAAUAUGAGAUACAAGAAAAACAUGAGAUACAUGAAGAACAUGAGGUACAAGAAGAAUUUGAAGAACAUGAGGUUAAUUGUGAGAAACCAGUCCCAAAGACAAAGUCAAGAAUGCUUAAACCCUCUGAAAGAGUUUCAUAUGUAAAAUGCUGGAAGAGUACUUACCCAGAGCUGAAGGAUGAUAAAGAGCUACUUUUAGACUGUUUGGUAGCCGUCAUGAACGAGAUUAAGCCACCUCCGCCACCUACAGACUAUUAUUCGUUGGAUGGCAUUAUGCUAAAGUGCAUACAUUGCGAUCACCAGUCGGCUACGAUACCGAAGGCGACGCGCCACUAUCAGGAGACGCACGGCGAGAGGUACCUGCACUGCUUGGCUUGCGGCGUCAACUUCAGAAGGCGCAUACAAUGCGAUCACCAGUCGGCUACGAUACCGAAGGCGACGCGCCACUAUCAGGAGACGCACGGCGAGAGGUACCUGCACUGCUUGGCUUGCGGCGUCAACUUCAGAAGGCGCAUACAAUGCGAUCACCAGUCGGCUACGAUACCGAAGGCGACGCGCCACUAUCAGGAGACGCACGGCGAGAGGUACCUGCACUGCUUGGCUUGCGGCGUCAACUUCAGAAGGCGCAUACAAUGCGAUCACCAGUCGGCUACGAUACCGAAGGCGACGCGCCACUAUCAGGAGACGCACGGCGAGAGGUACCUGCACUGCUUGGCUUGCGGCGACAACUUCAGAAGGCGCAUACAAUGCGAUCACCAGUCGGCUACGAUACCGAAGGCGACGCGUCACUAUCAGGAGACGCACGGCGAGAGGUACCUGCACUGCUUGGCUUGCGGCGUCAACUUCAGAAGGAGACGCACGGCGAGAGGUACCUGCACUGCUUGGCUUGCGGCGACAACUUCAGAAGGUGAGCUGUCACUAGCACUGCAGUUGGUGAGCAGGCGCAUACAAUGCGAUCACCAGUCGGCUACGAUACCGAAGGCGACGCGCCACUAUCAGGAGACGCACGGCGAGAGGUACCUGCACUGCUUGGCUUGCGGCGUCAACUUCAGAAGUAAAACAACCCUAUACAAGCAUGAGAAGACAUGCAUUGCGCCCGACGCGGUGACGGUACUGAAGGCGCGCGCGAGGCAACUCGGCGAUAAAGCGCGUUCCAGACCCUUCUUGUGCAAGCCUAAAAAGAAGACCCCUAAGAUGUUCCCCUGCACAGACUGUCCGGCCAUCUUCAAGGUGCGGUCCGGCCUGACGGCGCACCAGCGCACGCACACCGGACAACGGCCCUACGUAUGCUGGCAAUGCUUAAAAGCCUACACCAGCAAUACUGCGCUACGGCGGCACGAGAAGUUGCACACGUCGCAGAGGUUCGAGUGCGCCCACUGCGCGAGGAUCUUCCGCACGCGCGCGCUCAUCACCGCGCACCUCGACACACACCUACCACAGAAGCGUUUCGCGUGCGCGGAGUGCAGCCGGCGGUACGCGCAGCGCUUCGCUCUGCAACUGCACGUGGACCGCGUGCAUCGAGGCCUGCCGCCGCCCUUCGCCUGCCAGCUGUGCCCCAAGAGGUUUGCGCGCUUGUCCAUACUUAAGGAGCAUAUGCAGAAAGCGCAUGGCUUGGAUAUCGUCACACGGAAAGUCUGACUUGGAAACGGAACAUUAGUCGUUCUGCAGUUUUAUGAGGCUUUUGUGUUUUCUCGUAUAAUCUGUUAUGUGCAUCUAUCUAUGCCUGAUUUAACUAUCGGAAAUCAUUAGGGAAGAUGAAAUGGUUAAUCGUACAGAUUGAUGGCUACAAGACUCAGCGAUACAUUGUAGCAUCUAACGGUACAGAUUGACAAAUUCUCUAGUGAGGAGGAGAGGACAAGGCAGGAAAGGACUUCAAGGAGAGAUGCCCGUUUUCUACGACUUCGAGUUCGUCGGAACACGAGACUGAUGGCGGUGCAGGCCCGAAAUGUAUUGGAGGAGGUUCAAGGAGUAAAAAUGAGGGACAGUUCGCAAAGAAUUCAAAGAAAUCGGCAGCUCAUUUGUGCCUGACAAUACACUUAAACUUGAGAUACCACACCGCAAGAAACCUAGUAUACUUUGAACGUGAACAUCGUUAUUAAGACUUCGAUGAGUGGAGAAACUUCGACAUGAAUGCAAGUCUAGAGACGCAAAGAAGAGCAUUAUAUCUAGUCUAACUUUUAAAAUACAGUGGCAUAUUGGCGCCGACUUAAUUAUGGUCUGGGGUCAAAUAUGUUUAGGAGAUAAGUUGGUGGUAGUCGACGACGGGAAUCCGACUACUGAUCUGUAUAUCAAGGAUAUUCUAGAAGAAAAUGUGCCAAUAAAGGAGCACACCUCGACGACAACUUGAGCUUAAUAACAAAGCUCCUAACUCCUAAAUCAUUUUGGUGUAACGGUGAUGGAGUGGCCAGCACGGUCCCCGGAUACAGUGGUGUAAAUAGGGCGGUGCCACCGGUGCCCAGGCACAGGGCCCAUAUUCUCGGGAGCGCAAUAAUAGACAGAAUUAAGCAUCAAAAUGGGCAACGCAUUUGCAGUAGUGAACCUGCGUUUGAGUUUUAGUGAGUGAGACACAGUGGGUGGAAUAAUAGGCAAAAGGUCUACUUAGAUAUGGCGCAGUUAUAGAAGCUUGCACUGGGCGCGAAAAAAGCUAUUUACAGCACUGCCCGGAUAUGAAUCCAAUUGAACACGUUUGGGACUUGCUUGAGUGUGAAAUCAAGAAAGGCACCUAGCAAUCUGGGCGAGUUGCGAGACGUAUCACUUAAAGAAUGGUAGAGGUUGCCCCAAGUAAUCAUUGAUAACAUCAUCCGCAGCAGCCCAGACGGGUAGAAACCAGAAUCAGAGUACGAAGGAGAAGCAUGCGAUAGUAACCUCAGUUAAUUCUAAACUGUCACAUAAUCUUGAAACUUUAAGUUAGGUGUUGCAAUGUUGUUAUGUGCACUUUUUACCUAUCCUAACCUCUACCCUAUCCCUAUUAAUAUAAAAAUUGUGCCCAUUACCAACCAAGGUUGCUAAGUUGUUAACCAUACGUUACUCCUUUUCCUUACCCUCAAUAUCCAGAAUGGUUCCUUGUGUCACAGAUGUACCUCAAAGAGCUGCCGUCGCUCACGUACGCUCGAGUGGCUCAAGCCAAGCUGGUGAAGACCCGGGACGCUAUGCCAUAGAUAAUUUACACUGAUAUUAAUUAAAACUUAGGUAUAUUCUUUUUGUAAACGUUUUUGACGGAACAAGCAAAUGAGACAUUUGCUUCGGAUCGUAUUUUGCUUUUGAAUUAUUUAUCGGCCAUUGUAUAGACCUGUUAUCACACUUGCUGGGUUAUUCGAAAUUAAAAAAAUAUAUAUCAUACAUUUUUUAAAUA